AUGGCCUCUGAUGACACUGUGGCAAUGUCAAAUGGACAUGCGACAUGCAGCAAUGGCAACAGCAGCAGCAGCAACAACAACAACAACAACAUCCCCGGAAAGGCCGAGUACCGUCGUGAGUGGGCGAUAAAGGCCUCCCCAAAAGCGCUGGGCACCGUCAAUCCCAUUCGCAGCAUCGUCGAGGGCCUCAACCUGACGCCCAACCCGGAGAAGCCCUUCAUUCCGCUGUCCAUUGGCGACCCGACGUUGUUCGGCGACUUCAAGCCCUGUCGGGAGAUCACCGAUGCGGUGACGGCGGCCAUACAGUCGGAGAAGUGCAAUGGCUACCAGCCGUCGGCCGGGCGCGAGGACGCCCGCACCGCCAUCGCCGAGUACUGCGCCGCCUAUGGCAUGAACGUCGACGCCAAGGACAUUAUCAUCACCUCUGGCUGCUCUCACGCACUCGAUCUGGCGCUGACCGUGCUGGCCAGCCCCGGCAGCAACGUCCUCGUCCCUCGCCCCGGCUUUCCCCUCUACAAAACGCUGUCCACCCUGCUGGGCAUUGAAAUCCGCUACUACAACCUCCUGCCGGAGCGCAGCUGGCAGAUUGACCUGGAGGACCUGGAGGCGAAGAUUGACGACCGUACCAGCGCCAUCAUCUACAACAAUCCCUCCAAUCCCUGCGGAUCGGUCUUCCCGAGGUCGCACAUUGUCGACUUUGUGGCGGUCGCCGAGCGGCACCGCCUGCCCAUCAUCGGCGAUGAGAUCUACGAGGAUCUGGUCUUCUCCGGCAGCCAGUUCCAUGCAGUCGCUUCGCUCAGCGAGGAGGUGCCCGUCCUCCACUGCAGUGGCACUACCAAAAAAUUUCUUGUGCCGGGCUGGAGAAUCGGCUGGAUUGCCAUCAACGACCGGAAGGGCCGUUUUGGGAAGGAUGUCCGCUCAGCCCUAAACUCCCUCUCGCAGCGCAUCAUUGGCGCCAACACCGUCAUCCAAGGGGCCCUGCCGGACAUUCUGAAGAAGACGCCGCGCAGCUUUUUCGAGGACACCAUUGCCUACAUUGAGGUAAACAAAGAAAAUAGAUCAACAACAACAAACCUCAAUUCUUUCCACUUUUCCUUCUACAGAGAAACGCCGUACAGGCGUACAGCAANCUUCGAGGACACCAUCGCUUACAUUGAGAGAAACGCCGUACAGGCGUACAGCAAGCUGAAGCGCAUUCCCGGCUUGACGCCCAUUCAGCCCUCCGGCGCCUUCUACAUAAUGGUGCGCAUCGAGGUGACGCGCUUUCCCCACUUCCGCAGCGACCUCCACUUUGUGGAGUCGCUGGUCGCCGAAGAGUCGGUCUUCUGUCUGCCGGGCAACUGCUUCGAGUACCCGGGCUACGUCCGCCUGGUGCUCGCCAUCUCCAAUGACAUGCUCGAGGAGGCGCUGGCUCGAAUUGAUGCCUUCUGUACUAGGUAUUACGUCUAA